UUCUUGAUGACCCAGGGGAGAGGCUGUAGUAGGUAGUGGGGGUCUCGACCACUUAUGUAGAGGAGGCUACUUCCAGAGGGUGGUCGGGAGGCCUGAGUAGAGAAGGCUCCCAGGUAAGGGUUUGGGUCAGGGUCCCUGGUUUUGGGGGGUGAAAAACUAGGUUCAGGGUAUGGAAGGAAAAGGCUGGGUGGCUCCUCUUAGGAGUAGAGGAAGCUGGAGGUGGGGAGUCCUGGUAAAGAUUCAGUUUCCUUUCCCUUAGGCUUUAAAGAUAACCUCCCUGAGAACUCAGGGGCUAUCCUCCCUAAAAUAAUCCCAGUUCCCCCUCUGAGCAUUUAAUCAGAUAAAGCCCUGGGUACAAACCCUACCCCUGUGUUUGGCUUGCUCAGCGAUCUUGGGCCAAAUGGUUUUGCCCCUCUGGGCCUCAGUUUCCUUUUCUGCAAAAUGUGGGGGAUGCUCCCUAUUUCCUGAGAAAUUAGCUCUAUUAAUAGCUAUCACUCUUUGAGCCUGAUGCCCAGGGUCUGGUGGCAUGGUUGUUGCUCUGAAGCUUAGAGCAUCGGAGUCACAAAGCAAGUGAUUGCCAGUGUGGUGAAUGGAUGCAAGGUUGGGUAGGAUUCUGACUCCCAUCCAUUACCCCCAACCAGGGCCAAUUCCCGUCCCCCCAGCAGCAUGGCAUCCUGUGCUGAGCCCUCUGCUAUGGGCCCUGAGCCCACUGCCCUGCCGCCUGCUGGGGUCCCACCGCUUGAAGACUUCGAGGUGCUGGAUGGGGUGGAAGACGCAGAGGGUGAGGAGGAAGAGGAGGAGGAGGAGGAGGACCUGAGUGAGCUGCCGCCACUUGAGGACCUGGGGCAGCCCCCACUGGAGGAGGCUGAGCCGCCUGGGGCCCUGGCCCGAGAGUUCCUGGCUGCCAUGGAGCCCGAGCCGGAGCCUGCCCCAACCCCAGAUGAGUGGCUGGACAUCCUGGGAAAUGGGCUGUUGAGGAAGAAGACAUUGGUCCCGGGUCUGCCUGGCUCAAGCCUCCCGGUCCAGGGCCAGGUGGUCACUGUGCAACUGCAGACAUCGCUGGAAAACGGCACGCGGGUUCAGGAGGAAUCUGAGCUGGUAUUCACGCUGGGUGACUGUGAUGUCAUCCAGGCGCUGGAUCUCAGUGUCCCACUCAUGGAAGUGGGGGAGACGGCUAUGGUCACUGCUGACUCCAAGUACUGCUAUGGCCCCCAAGGCAGGAGCCCAUACAUCCCCCCGCACGCAGCCCUGUGCCUAGAGGUGACCCUGAAGACUGCCGUGGACGGGCCUGACCUGGAGAUGCUCACAGGGCAGGAGCGUGUGGCCCUGGCCAACAGGAAGCGGGAGUGUGGCAAUGCCCACUACCAGCGGGCAGACUUUGUGUUGGCCGCCAACUCCUACGACCUCGCCAUCAAGGCCAUCACCUCCAGCGCCAAAGUGGACAUGACAUUCGAGGAGGAGGAGCAGCUCCUGCAGCUGAAGGUAAAGUGUCUCAACAACCUGGCGGCCUCGCAGCUGAAACUGGACCACUACCGCGCAGCCCUGCGCUCCUGCAGCCUUGUGCUUGAGCACCAGCCUGACAACAUCAAGGCGCUCUUCCGCAAGGGCAAGGUGCUGGCCCAGCAAGGUGAGUACGGUGAGGCCAUCAUCAUCCUGAGGGCAGCCCUGAAGCUGGAACCUUCCAACAAGACAAUCCAGACAGAGCUCUCAAAACUGGUGAAGAAGUACGCAGCCCAGAGGAACACAGAGACCACCCUGUACCGGAAAAUGCUGGGCAACCCCAGUCGGCUGCCUGCCAAGUGUCCCGGCAAGGGUGCCUGGUCUAUCCCAUGGAAGUGGCUGUUUGGGGCAACUGCCAUUGCCCUGGGGGGCGUGGCGCUCUCUGUGGUCAUCGCUGCCAGGAACUGACCACCCAGAUGGCUGCCACCCUCUCCACACACCAUGGACCCCACCCCAUGCUCCCUAACUCCCCCAGACUCCCUGUCCACUGCCCUCUCUGGCCUAGGCCCCUUCUCUGGGGUGGGGGCAGUGAGGUUUGGGGUUCACAUGGCCCAGUGAGCAAGAGGGACUAAGGCCCUGUAAGAGGAAAGUGAGGCAGGGCCCGGGCCCCACGUCCAGCCCAGAGGGAGGUGGCCCUCAUUCCUCCAGACUCAAUUCCUACCCGGACCUGACCCCACUGGGUUAGGUCUCAACAAAGGCCAGCCUCAGUUUCUCCUUCCCAACAGGCCUGGAGGCAGCCCUUCCCCAACCCAGUCCCUGUCCAAGCACCAACCCCUCCUGCCCAGCCUGCUGCCCUCUACCCUCCACCCCUCUCACCCCCACCCUCCACAUCAAUGAAAUAAAGCCUUCCACCCCGCA